CGCCGGCGGUCGGAGCGCAUAUCGCGUGUUGUUUGGUCGCGGUUUGCUGCGAGAUCACCGAGAUCUCGGUCUCCAGUCUGGCGAGUGCGAGAAUCGACACGCUCUCCACGGCGACCAACAUACGCCGUCAACUUUGUUUACCAUUUAAUUCGACAGGAGUCAUGUUGGUGAACAGAGGCAUUCAGAUAGCCAUAGUAGCAGCGCUGUUGUGGCAGGCGCGGACCGACGCCGCCUCCGCCGCGGUCAAGUUCUGCGGAAGACAGCUCGGCGAAAUCAUGAGCAGAGUUUGCCACGCGUACAAUAGUCCCUCGUGGGACAUACCCACAGUGGUAGAACAACACGGAACUUCUACAAGACGGAAAAGACAACUGGGCAUAGCAGACGAAUGCUGCACAAUUGGCUGUACGUGGGAACAGCUCAGCAAGUACUGCUCUAUCAGUGCGUAUUCUGAAUCUCCAUUGGACGAGUUGGAAGCGCACAUGAUCGCGGAUCGGUCAGCGGAGAACGCGGGCUCGGCGCCGGCGCUGGUGGGCAACGCGUUCGGUAGCGCGGCGGGGGCGGGGGCGGUGGCGGGAGCGGGAGCGGGAGCGGAGGCGGCGGCGAGCGAGGUGGGGCGGGGGGCGCGCGGGCGCACUGGCGGGUACGGGCGCGCUCGGGGGCGCCGCUGCUGGUGCCGGCGCAAGCGGCGCUCGGGCCGACGGCGAUCCUCUCUCAUGGGACCUCAUAAGAAGUGCAGCGCGCGCUGCGCCCGUGGUGGGCACCGUGUCUCCCCUUCUGACGUGGGGAAGAACCUUGAACACUGACUUGCCGCCGCUGGAGCGAGACCGCUACGCAUACGUCGCCAUUUACACAUAGUCUUAGGAUAUCUUAAACGGUACAAAUGACGUAAGCCGUACGUCCGGCUCGAAGGACCAAUCUUUCAUUAUGGUACCAACCGAGACAGGUGACCAAUAAAGACAGGUUCAAUCAUUCUGUGUUCAUUUAUAUUACAUUUAUUAGACAUAAAAUGAUUUUUCAAAUGUGUUGUAAGGAUAUGAGAUUUAAAUCAAUUUUAGUGUAUUUAAUGUUGAGAUCUAUGUGUUCUGAAACUUACUUCAUGAUUGUGAACGAUGCCCUUAAUAACUUUAAAGUUAGGUAUACUAAGAUGAUAGACUUAUUUAUAAAUCGAAUAAGUAUGUCGAAUUAUGUGGGCCAUUCCAUCAUUCUGCUAAAUUCCUAAUGUAAACUUUCCAAAUCUUAUUUUCUUAGCAAUAAUAAUAGGCUAAACAAGAAGGUUGGUUAGUGUAUUAUCCAACUGAUUAAAAAAUGUAAGUAACUAAUAAUCAUAUUAAUUCUUGUUAGCUAAAUACUUUCUAGAAAUUUAAAUAUAAAUAUUUUACCUAAUUGUAUUAAAAUCAUGUAGUUUUUACCCACAGGUUCGUAGUUAGCAUAUAUCAUUCUAUAUUUCUUACCCCAUGCUUAUAUUAUAAUAUUUUUAAUUAAUAGAAAAUAGGACUUUAUCUUUCGUAAUUAUUACCUAAAUUACUCAUGUUGCAGCCAGAUUAUUUAGCAACAAAUAAUAAUAAAAAACAUACAUACAUUACAAUUGCCAUAAUUAUAGCACUGAUAAGGAUAAUGCUGUGUAGGUAGUGUAUCAACAUUAUAAUUCAGUGAUAUUUUUAUAUACAAAUCACCAAAAUCUUAUAACACAUUGUCACUACACCUUUUGUUCAGUAAGUAGUUUCACUACCAUUUCUUACUAAUUAUUCACCUAUCAUUUAAGAUUUAAAGAUCUCUGAAGCAUCUGUGAUAAUUCCAACUGAUAAAAAUAAAAAAAAUCUUAUUUAUAAUUUUAGUAGUACCUAACCAUACUAGAUUAAAGUAUUCCUUGCCUUUGAAAAUAUUGUGUGUCAUGUGUAAAUAGAGUUGUAAAACUUAGUAUGAAUAAUGUGACUGACUGUGAGUGCUGUAUUAAAACUGUCAUUUAUUUAUCUUCAGUAUUUUACUUCACAACAUGUAGUUACCUGCUAUUUUAGAGUGAAAAUGAUUUUAGAGAGGAAUGUGGCCUAAAAGAUAUAAUACCAAACAUUAAUUAGAUCUGAUGAUUGGUAUAAGGGUAAAAGGUAACAGACAAACAAUGUAACUUUCACAGUUAUAAUAUUAGUAUUGAUAAAUUAAUGCCUUAACUCACUACAUUAUUUACAAUAAAAGUAUUUAGGUACAUACAAAAAUUCUAUUUAAAAAA